AUGUCUUCUAACAAUAACAAAAAUUCCGAGAAUCCCUCUGUUAGUAACACAACAGAGGCGUUAGACGUGAACUGGGAUGUCGAGAAAUACAGGGAUGAACACGAAUGCGAAGAUCAUUGGCAAUUACGCAAAGCUUUCAUGGAAAAAUGGAAGAACAACUUCCCCGAGGAAAGACUAGUUUGUUUAGCUCGAGUUUACACUAAUAUUGAGUUCAUGGGCUGUAGAUAUCCUCCGCCAGUAAUGCAGCAGAUCGCCCAGCUCUCAUUUGAGGCUGGCCGUCAAUUCCGAGAGAAAAAGAAAUCAAAACUACAACGCACAUUCGUUUCUGCGUCAACCGCAGCAGAAGACAGAGCUCGUGGUAUUAAAAGAGUUGGAGGUGAAAUUGUUACUGAAGAUAAACCGAAAUCUACCCGAAUAGCAUUCGUACCACAAGGAAAGGUAAUAGAAGAUGAUGAAAAAGAAAAAGAUUCGGAUGGAGAUGAACACCAAAACGAGGGUUCAGAUCAUGAAUCGGAAGUUGCUAAGAAAUCUUUUGACCUAAGCACAACGUCAACUGAUAAAAAUACAAAACAGUCCGAAGGAGAAGACUAUUUUACAGAAUUAUCUAAUCUUAAAUGUUUAGAUGUACGACUGUUUAGGGAUAGGAUGUUUGAUAGUACAUUCGGACGUUUGGUGCUGUUGAUCCGACCGUGGGCUAGGAAAAUAUGGAAUAUACAGACUAGCUGUCAAGUAUGUGGACUAUGUAUCACUAAUGGAUAUGAAAACAAGAGCUACACUUUACGUAUCAACCAAAAAUUGUUGGUGCAAGCGUCAGGCGAAACCAAAGUUGAGGCUAAGAAUGCCGCUGAAAUUAUGGCGUGGGAGAGAUUAAAGCGCGAAGUGGUGUGCUUGUUGAUAAAAGAGCAGUUUAUAGCUCAGGGCGACGCGCGAAUCAGUAUGAGUGAUGUCUCCGGCAGGAAGAGAGACGAUGUCUUCGGAACUCCUGUUGAAAACUCCGUUGCUAUGAAAAUGAUGAAAAUGAUGGGUUGGCAAGGAGGGGGGUUGGGUGCGGACGCGCAAGGCAUAGCGGAACCCAUCAAACCUAAUUUGCAAAUGGUAGACAGAGCAGGCCUGGGCAGUGCUCAAGGUGUGAAAAAUCUUCGUCGAGCAGCUCAAGCGUUAAUGCAACGCUACAUAGCAUCAGACACGAUUGAUUUAGAUCUCGUCUUUACAAGUGAUUUCGCGAAACCGGAGCGAGCGACACUACAUCAGGUGGCGCAGAGGAUUGGGUUGGCCUCGAGGAGUUAUGGGGAGGGAGAUGAAAGAUUCCUAGUUGUAAGAAAGAAGUUGGACCCAUUCUCCUUAGUCCGUGCCGUUAUCGAGAAAGGAGGUAUCACGCCGAAGUACCAAGUGUUCUUACCAGAGAGUCUUAUGCAGAAUGCUAUACGUUAA